AAACUAUUAAAUCAAAUGGGCAAAGAAAAGUAAUACAGUUUAAUAAGAUAUUUUGAUAUCUUAGCUCCUCCAUAUUAUUAAAAAAUAAAUCAAGACCAUUAUAAAAAGAAAACAGUAAUUGGAGGACUAUACUCUCUUUUAUUGAUGUCUGCAUCUAUAGGCUAUUUAAUGUAUUUACUCAUAUUCUUUUAUCAAGGAAAUAUUGCUCCUAAAUAUAAUCAAUAUGAAGAAUUUUUAGAUGAAGGAACAUAAUACACAAUUAAACUUAAAAAGCUUUAUAUUGAGCUAACUUAAGGUUCAAGAUAACUAUCUGAAAUAGAAUAGCAAAAUAAAAUUUAAUAUUUUGAUGUUUACCUUAAAAAUAUGGAAGACUAAUAAAUAAUAUAGUCAAACAAUUAUUAAAAUGGAGUAUCAUUUUUUGAUUAAAAUAAUACAAAUAUAACACUUUAAAGCAGUAUUAUGCCAUUUUAAGGUUAAAAUUAUGUAAUUUUGAUUUAAAAAUGCUCAUAAAAAUAUUUAAGAGAUGUUAAUUAUAGGUGUGCUAAUUAAGAUGAAAUCAACUAGCUGCUGUAAAAAAAUGAUAUUAGCAUAAUCACUUAUUUUGCAGAUAAAACAUUUUCUAUAAAAAAUAAAGGCCUAAAAGAUAGAUUAUUUAUAAAUUUUAGUUUUAUAAAUAACAAGUAUAAACAAUUUUCCAUGAUAAAUGCCAAAAUUUAAGAAACAUAAGUUUAAAAUGGAAUACUGUUUUAAUCUUCUUAAUAUUAUAAAUAAAUAUACGAUUUCAGUAUUUAAAAUUAUUAGAAUUCAGUAAAUCCUAGCGAUGGUGAAUAUAGUGAAAUUUUGAUUUAGUUAGAUAAUAUGGUAAGGUAAUCAUAAAUUCAAUACCCUGUUAUAUCAGAAAUAUUUGCAUAAGCUUGGGGUAUAGCAUCGUUAUUAUUACUAACUGGAUAUAUCUUCAAAUAUGUUACAAGAGCAACACUUGCCUAAGAUUUUUUAGGCAUAUAACUCAAGUAUUACUAUAAAAAGACAGCUUUAAGAUUAUUCGAACGUAAAGACAAUACAAAUUAAAGUAAUUUAGAAUUGCAUCAGUAAGCCGAAGCUAUAUCUAAGCAAAAUGAAGAAAUUUAAUAAGCUAGUUUCAAAAAGAACUUAAAAAGUUAUUUUAAAAUUUCUAAUUAUUAAAAAUGGAAAGUGUUUUUUUUUCCAAGACGCUGUCUAAGACGUAAGAAAAAUAUGACGAAAAAUGAAGAAUUGCUAGACAUUUUAAUUAAAUAAACAAGUAAAGACAUGUGUGUAUUUGAAAUGCAAAAAGAGUUUUUAAAACUAAGAGCAGCAAUCAAGCUUUUAUUAACUCCAGAGCAAUAUUCUGCAAUUCAUAUGUGUGGCUGCGAUUUGGUAUAAGAUGAGUAUAUUAACACUGAAAAAGAAAACAAUCCUUAAGGUGAAAAAAGUAUUGAUUAGAGCGAUAAAAGUGAAAAUAUCUCUAAUCUAUCAAGUUCAGAUAUAUAAAACCCUAUAAAUAGGUAGUAAUAUGACCAUUCAAUUAUUUAAAUAAAUUAGUAAAGAAUCUUAAAUCAUUUAGAGCUAAUGAAUAAAGUUGAUGUAGAUUCACUUUAUAGGUAAUAAUGCUUAGAAAAAUUUUUGAAUAGCUAUUAAAAAAGCUAAAGUAGUGACUAAUAAAUAGUUAACCAACGAAUAUUUAAUUGUAUGAUAGGAAUUUAAAAUUAUAAUUCUCAAUUAAUAAAUUCAUGA